CAAGACCAGGAAGCGAGACCUUGCCAUAAGCUAGCAUUCUACGUACGCAAUGGAGGCGCAAAUAAUCCGAAAACAUAACAUGAAUGGUCACUGUUAGAUAACAAUUUAGAGUGAACUCAAAAGCCAACAGAGCUGUUACGCAGCGCGUUUACUGUGAAUGCUAGCUAGCUCGUUCUUUAGUCAUCUGCCAGGAUUGUCGCCAGCUAACGUUAGCACAUAGCAGCCGAUAGCGAGUCGGUUACUGUCCUGUGAUGGCUGUGGCACACAGAUGUUGUGUUCUGGCUGGAUAUUUACUUUUGUUACUGCUAACUGGGUGCAAAGCGAGGAUACACACGCUGACUCUGAAGAAUGAAACCCGGUUUGCUGUCGACCUCAACAGCUUUGGUUUCUACGCUAACGGGAUUCUCAAUGUCAGCGUGUCUUUUCUUCAGCUCCCUACAUCUGUGAACUACACCAGUUUUCCUGUUGGUUUCACCCUCUCCAGGUCUCGAAUGAAUGGAGUCUUGUCGUACACAGCAGAGGAGACAGAAACGUGCCCACUCACUCCCCCAAAGUCGACAAACACUGAACCUCUGAUCCUAUUUCUUAUCAAUAUCGACACUCUCAGCGUCACCGUGAAAGCUAGGGGUGAGCAGGACAACCUCUUGAUAGCAAAGUUAAAACCAGAAGUAGCUGAAGGUGAGGUGAGGAAAACCAGAGAUGAUAAUCCUCCUGAGCAUCCGCCUCCGGAUAAACAAGAUGAAACUAAACCACAGGACAAUAAGGACACAAAGUCAGGAGAUAAGUCUGACAAAAAAGCAGAUGAAAAGACGAUGCCAGAAGUGGAAACUACAGUCAAUCUGAAAAAGACCAAGGAUCUGUCCUUAGCUUUGGACAAAGAUCAUGGUUCCUACAGCUUCAGUUUCGAUAUGGUGGUCGGAUCAUCGGCAGAGGGUCUAUACAGCCUCAAGUUUCACUACUGUACAAACAGGAUGUCUCAAGAAAAACUGUCCUACUCCUUCAGUGUGAAUGUGACUGAGAAGAAUCUGGGUGGGUUCCUGUCCGCAGCAGAAAUCCCUCUGUCUCGCCUCUACAUCUGUAUGGCUGGAGUCUUCUUCACGGCUGCCCUGGUCUGGGUGUACACGCUCAUGAAGCACAGGUACAGCGUGUUUAAAAUCCACUGGUUGAUGGCAGCACUGGCCUUCAUUAAGUCCAUAUCACUGGUUUUCCAUAGUAUCAACUAUCACUACAUCAACACUGAGGGUCGUCCUAUUGAAGCCUUGGCCGUCAUGUAUUAUAUAACACACCUACUGAAGGGGGCUCUGCUGUUCAUCACACUGGUGUUGAUUGGCACCGGCUGGCCUUUUAUUAAGUACAGCCUGUCGGGCAGAGAAAAGAAGAUCUUCAUGAUUGUCAUUCUUCUUCAGGUCCUGGCUAAUGUUGCCUACAUCAUCAUCGAGUCUACUGAGGAAGGAUCGAGUGAAUACUAUCUAUGGAAGGAGAUUCUCUUUGUGGUUGACCUGAUCUGCUGUGGAGCCGUCUUUUUCCCUGUUGUCUGGUCUAUUCGUCAUCUUCAAGAAAACAAAGCUGCUAUGAAUUCAGAAAAGCUCAAGCUGUUCCAACAUUUAUAUGUGAUGAUCGUGUGUUAUAUUUUUUUCACGAGGAUCAUAGCCAUUCUGCUGAACAUCACCAUGCCGUUCCAGUGGCAGUGGUGCUACGAGUUCCUGGUAGAGGUGUCUACUCUGAUCUUUUUUGUGUUGACGGGCUACAAGUUCCGACCGGCGUCCAAUAACCCCUACCUCCAGCUUCCCCAGGAUGAGGAGGACGUAGAGGUGGAUGAAGUAUUGACUCAGUCUGGGGCGCUCAAAGGUGUUUCCAAACUGAAGAAGACAUCUAACGGACAUGAGCUCCAGAAGGAGCCCACUUUGUGAGUGUGGAGCUGCAUCUUGAGGAGUGACUCACUAAACAUCCCCAGGCCCGCUGGUGUUAACGUGGUACACAUGGACCAAGACCCUUCACAUCGAGUGAAAGCUUUCCUUUUAAAACUCCUUACGUGUUUGCAGUGGCUGUGCCAACUGUAUGGCUAUGCAAAAAAAAAAAAAAAAGAUUCAACUUUUUUUGGACACUCCCCAUUUCUCAACAACUCCACCCGGAAACUCUGAAAAGUCUGACACAUGGUGGAGAAGUGAAAGGAACUCUGUUGUUCUUCAGUUGCCACCCCUCUCUCUCUCUCUCUCUCUCUCUCUCUCUCUCUCUCUCUCUCUCUUUCUCCAAAGAUAAUUAUCCAUCCAUCCAUGUUCAUCCACUUUAUCCGGGGCGAGGUCGCGGGGGCAGCAGUCUGAGCAGAGAGUUCCAGACUUCCCUCUCCCUGGACACUUCCUCCAGCUCAUCCGGUGCGACCCCAAGGCGCUUCCAGGCCAGCUGAGAGUCUCUCCAGUGUGUCCUGGGUCUUCUUCUGGGUCUCCUACUGGUGGGACAUGCCCAGAACACCUGGUGUCCAGGAGGCAUCCGAACCAGAUGCCCGAGCCACCUCAACUGGCUCUCCUCGAUGUGGAGGAGCAGCGUCUCUACUCCGAGCUCCUCCCGGGUGACAGAGCUCCUCACCUUAUCUCUAAGGGAGCGCCCAGCCACCCUGCGGAGGAAGCUAAUUUUAGCAGCUUGUAUCCAUGACCUUGCCCUUUCGGUCAUGACCCAAAGCUCAUCACCAUAGGUGAGGGUAGGAACGUAGAUUGACCGGUAAAUUGAGAGCUUUGCCUUUUGGCUCAGCUCCCUCUUCACCACGAUGGACCGAUACACCGACCGCAUUACUGCAGCCGCCGCACCGAUCCGUCUGUCAAUCUCACACUCCUUCCUUCCCUCACUCGUGAACAAGACCCCAAGAUACUUAAACUCCUCCACUUGGGGCAGGAACUCUCCUCCAACCUGGAGAGAGCAAACCACCUUUUUCAGGUCGAGAACCAUGGCCUCAGAUUUGGAGGAACUGAUUCUCAUCCCAGCCGCUUCACACUCGGCUGCAAACCGCACCAGCGCACGCUGGAGGUCCUGGCCUGAUGAAGCCAACAGGACGACAUCAUCUGCAAAAAGCAGAGAUGCUAUCCUGUGGUCCCUGAACCAGACCCCCUCCGGCCCCUGGCUGCGCCUAGAAUUUUUGUCCAUAAAAAUAAUGAACAGAACCGGUGACAAAGGGAAGCCCUGCCGAAGUCCAACAUGCACCAGGAACAGGUCUGACUUAUUGCUGGCAAUGCGAACCAAGCUCCUGCUCCGGUUGUACAGAGACCGACCAGCCCUUAGCAAAGGGCCCUGGACUCCAUACUCCCGGAGCACCCCCCACAGGAUGUCACAAGGGACGCGGUCGAAUGCCUUCUCCAGGUCCACAAAACACAUGUAGACUGGUUGGGCAAACUCCCACAAACCCCCAAGCACCCUGCUGAGGGUAUAAAGCUGGUCCAGCGUUCCACAACCAGGCCGAAAACCACAUUGUUCCUCCUGUAUCAGAGGUUCGACUAUUGGCCGAAUUCUUCUCUCCAGUACCCUGGCAUAGACCUUGCCAGGGAGGCUGAGAAGUGUGAUCCCCCAAUAGUUGGAACACACUCUCCUUUCCCCUUUUCCCUUUUUGUGAAGAGGGACAACCACCCUCGUUGUUCAUGCUAGAGAAACUGUCCCCCUCGUCCUCGCGAUGUUGCAGAGGCAUGUCACCUAAGACAGCCCUACAACAUCUAGAGACUUGAGGUACUCAGGACCGAUCUUAUCCACCCCCGCUGCCCUGCCACUGAGGAGCUUACAAACUACCUCUGUGACCUCAGCCUAGGUGAUGGGCGAGUCCACCUCUGAGUCCCCUGCCUCUGCUUCCUCAGCAGAAGGCAUUUUAAAGGGGUUGAGGAGAUCUGUCUGACAGAGAGUUCAGCCAGACGUUCCCAACAGAGCUUCACGAUACGUUUGGGCCUGCCAAGUCAUUCCAGCCUCCUUCCCUGCCAGCGGAUUCUACUCACCACCAGGUGAUGAUCAGUUGACAGCUCAGCCCCUCUCUUCACCCGAGUGUCCAAAACCUAUGGCCGAAGGUCAGGUGAAACAACUACAAAGUCUUUUAUCGACCUCAGGCCUAGGGUGUCCUGGUGCCAUGUUCGAACAUAGUGUUCGUUAUAGCCAAACAGUGCCUAGCACAGAAGUCCAAUAACAUAACACCAUUCGGGUGUAGCAAUCCACGUCUGGACUGAGGUGACCUAACCUACAUGGGAACUUAACUCCCUCAUUGAAGAGCCUCUACGUCCUUUCCAGUCCCCAGAGAUAAGGAACCCUGAAUCUUUCUCCACCACAGGAGACUGGUUUCUAUCAUAACAGGCACCAAUUGGCGCCAACAUCUCGCAUGUCCAUAUCAAAGAACCAUGAACCCACUUUGUUGAUCUAUCUGUAAAUCACACUUAUCAUUCUGAAAGGACAGCCUGUCAUCUUUAUCACCGAGAAGCUGUCUCUCCCAGAACUGGAACCACCAGCCAUAAAAUGUGGAAUGUGCUCAUUAAGAGAACAAGAGACUUCAUUUGGACACAAGUUCCGGUUCAGAUGCACCAGAACUUUCAACUUCCAUGAAACAGAUGCCAUUGUAUUCUGUGGACAAAAUGUUUUCAUUUGAUACUAGAUUGGUUUCUGUGUGAUGUUUAAUGCCUGAUCUACAGAUUUGCACUCCUUUGUGUGAACAUACAAAGUUGAAAUACACAUACUCACCUUCUUUACUUCUUUUAAUCUGUGCAACAUGCAUAUAGGCUAUGUCCACCAGCUACAAUUAGGCAUCCUCAUUAUUGUAUUACAUUUUUAAUUGUUACAAUUGUUUAAUCAGUAAUGUCUAGAUUAAGCCAUUUAUAAUUUGAUUUUGCUUGCAUGUAUUAUUUGUGUAUGUUUAAGUGUUUACUUGGUGUUACAUAGGGACAAGACCAAUCAUGAAUAACAUUUUAUUUGUUACAGCGUUUUAAGGGACCACAUAUAAGACCUUAAUAUUCUAUGCAUUUAAUAUUGCUGUUAACCAUUCUGACUUCCCUGCUUUUUUAAGUGCCAAAGUGGUCUUUACAUGUGUAUUAUGUUAUGGCGUGAUGGAACUUUGAUCUUGAUGAAAAGAAGAAAGAUUAGUUAUGCCAGAUUUAAGUAGAGGUCACAAGAAUUCAUGACAUAAGUGACUGAUUUUUAUUUUUUAUUUUUUUUUUGCAAUUGAGUUGUCAUUGUUGUUCAUAACUAGUAACUAAUUGAAUUGACAUCUGGCGUUGACUAGAUUGAAACAAGCGUGGUUUCAGCUUUAAAACAAAUCUGGUGCCCCAAUUACUGUACAAUAACCCUCCCAUGAUCUCGUACUCACUGUAAUGGAUUGUACUGUACCAACGCAAACCGUUCUGUAUUCUCUAAAUCUGUACUUGCUGUUGUGUGAAGUAAUUUCCCCACUAUGGGACUAUUAAAGAUUUUUCUUAUCACUAACUGUCCUAUCGCUCAAUAUACAUAUUGUCCCUCAUACACUUUUUCUUCUGUAGUAUAUUGAAAUACAUUCAACAGUCAACAUUGUAUAUUUCAAUAUAUAAACAUGCAUAUUGCAAUGUUAUAUUUCAGUAUAAUGAGUUCCAUCAUAUCUGGCAUUUGGACCGCUGCUGUAAUUUAGUGCUUUAAUUAUUAGACUCGCGUCUCUGAGCUCAGUCCAAAUGAAACGUGGGUCUCUUGAUAGUAUAAAGUGGUUUGGGGUCAGUGCUAGUUAUCAGAGCAGUGGUACUCUGUUUGGUUUUGUUCUUUCCUUUGGCCGAGCUGUGCCCGUCUGCACAGAGAAGUGACCUGAACUCAUCUUUGAAUUCACCUGCUUUGGGUUUUACCUUUUGCUCUUGAUGUGAAGUUUAUUUUAUUCACUAGUUAUGAUUUAAUGGUUUAAUAAAAUUAAAACUGUGUGCAGCCAGUCAUGUCAGACGGACAUUUGUAAAUAUUUAUAGAAAACGACUGUGGACACAACAAUGGAGGCACAUAACAAUUGGCCUGAGUCUGCGUGGAGGAUUUAUAGUCCUUGUUUCACACUAAUGACAAGUUCCGUUUCAUUGAGGUUUAUUUCAUUGCUAUAAUAAUAUGAAGGAGGUGGGAGUGUAAAUGUGAGGAAGUGUGAGGCAGCUGCUGAUAUUUAACCUGAGACACUCCAGUGAAGGGGACGCUGCAGUGUUCACAGGCCACAAACCAGCUGAGCGAAGGUUUUCAGCUCGUUACAGAAGGUGAUUUGGUGUCACGUGAACUGUCACAAUAAAGCUUCUGUUCUGGAAA